UAAUUAUCCAAAGCUGUUUUUGAAUUCAUCCAGAAGUUGGGUUAUCUUCUCCCUUUCACAAUUUCUCAAAGAAAGGAGAGAAUAGGAAAAAAAAUGAAUAAUCCAACUUCUUCUAUUGUUCUUUUAUUUUUCUUGUUAAUCUUCACUUGCAUAUGUGAAAUAACCGCAAAAGUGGACAAAGCUGAUUCUAAGCUUUACAUCGUCUACUUAGGACACAAGCCACACGAUGACCAUGAACUUAUCACCGAUUCACAUCAUGACAUUUUAGGUCAAGUGGCUGGAAGUAAGGAAGAAGCCAAAAAAGUAAUGGUGUAUAGCUAUAGGCAUGGCUUCUCUGGGUUUGCUGCUAAGCUUACUGAUUCUCAAGCCAAACAAAUUGGAGAAUUACCUGGUGUGAUCCGAGUUAUACAAAAUCCUCUUUAUAAGACUCAUACGUCAAGGAGCUGGGAUUUUUUGGGUCUUUCUAAAAGUGAUCCCAACAAUCUUCUCAACAAAACAAAUCAGGGUGAUGGAGUAAUCAUUGGCGUUUUAGAUUCAGGUAUAUGGGGAGACUCGGAAGCUUUUAACGACAAUGGUCUAGGUCCAAUUCCAUCUAGAUGGAAAGCUAGUUGCAAGUCUGAAGGAAAUUUCAAUGCCACAAAACAUUGUAACAGAAAAAUCAUUGGUACUCGUUGGUACAUAAAAGGGCUGAUGGAAGAAAAGAGACUAAAUCAGACAAUGGUCGAAAAAAUUUAUAAUUUAUCACCAUUAGAUGACACUGGACAUGGUACACAUGUUGCCUAUACAGCUGCUGGUUCUUAUGUUAACAAUGUGGAAUAUUAUGGUCUUAACAUGGGGACAGUACGAGGAGGAGCACCACUUGCACGGUUAGCUAUUUAUAAGGUAUGUUGGAAAGAUAAUGUAACUGAAUCACACUGUGGUGGUGCUGAUAUUCUUGCUGGUAUUGAUGAUGCUAUAAAAGAUGGGGUUGACAUAUUGUCAGUAUCUCUUGGUGGUGGUGGUGGUCCUAACUUUGCUGAAGUUAAUGUGGAAAGUCUUUUGGGGAUAGGAUCUUUUCAUGCAGUAUCUCAUGGCAUACCUGUUGUUGCUGCUGGAGGAAAUAGUGGACCUGACUCAAAUACAAUUGGCAAUACUUCUCCAUGGGUGAUAAAUGUUGCUGCUAGCAAUUCUGAUAGAGAAAUUGUUACUCCUUUAAUACUUGGAAACAACAAGACAAUACUAGGUCAAGGACUUUUUAAAGGGAAUGAGCAAGCCUUUGCUCCUUUGAUCACUUUUGCAAAUAUAACAAGUCAUAAUCAAAUUCAAUUUAUCGCCAAUGAAGUGAAAGGAAAAGUUCUAAUGCUUUUCUUUCAAAAAGAAGAGGAUAUGGUUAUUUCUUUGUCGAAACUAAGGGCUACUGGAGUUUUGGCGUUUAUUGUUGUUACUCACCCUCUUGCUCAAAUCACUGACUACAAUCAAACUGUUUUUCGUGUCCCUAUACCAUUUAUUUCCGUCGAUUUGGAGCAAGGAAACCAAAUAUUUGAUUAUUUUGUACAAUGUGAAUCAAAUAACCAAGAUCCUACAAUUAAAUUGGGUCGACCUGAAGUUCGUGAGGGCAACAAGAUAGUCUUAAAGGUGCCUAGGUUCUCAUCUAGAGGUCCGAAUUCCUUUGCCCCCGAAAUUUUGAAGCCCGACAUUGCAGCUCCUGGUGUAAAUAUACUCGCAGCAGUUCCUCCUCCCAAAGGAGACAAUGGAUUCCAAGUCCAAUCCGGAACAUCUAUGGCAACUCCUCAUAUCUCAGGAAUUGUCGCACUCCUUAAAGCUGCACAUCCUAAUUGGUCUCCUGCAGCUAUCAAAUCCGCAAUUGUAACUACAGCAUGGAACGAGGACACAUAUAGAUCUGAGAUCUUUUCGGAAGGAACAGGAGGCAAAAUUGCUGAUCCAUUUGAUUUUGGAGGUGGCAUUUGCAAUCCAAAUGGAGCAAUGGAUCCUGGCUUAGUCUAUGAUAUGGAUAAAAAUGAUUAUUUGAAUUAUCUUUGCAAUUUGGGUUAUAGUAAUGAGAAGGUUCACAAUGCAACUACACAUUUUUCCGAUACGAAGAAAUCUAUUGUACCAGGCAUUAUAUGUCCCAAUGAAGUACCUUCUAGGUUGGAUUUGAAUCUCCCUUCAAUAUUUAUUUCAAAUCUUAAGAAUUCAGUGACUGUCAGAAGAACUGUUACUAAUGUUGGAAAUGUCAACUCUGUAUACAAACUAGUGGUUAAACCUCCGAGAAAUACUGCAAUUAAAGUAAGUCCACAUGUCUUGAAGUUCGAUUCCAAGACAAAGAAGAUUUCGUUUGAAGUCACAAUCACAUCUACUCACCAAAGAACGAGUAAAUUCACCUUUGGAAGCUUGGCGUGGAUUGAUGGCAAGCAUUUUGUUAGAAUUCCUAUUGGUGUGAGGAAACAAAUAGAUGUCUAAAGAAAAAGGUAGCAAAUUUAACUUUGGAAGUGAGAACUUUUUUGCUACGUAGACCCUAUCUUUUGGUAGAAAAGAGAAAGCAAGUGAAUGUCAAAGAAAUCAAAAUAUGCAUGGUGAGCUUGUUGCUCAGACCCCCUUCCCAUUAGUUCUUUUUUCUUCAUGUUUUUAUUUUUCUUUAUGAUGUAAUUAAAUAAUGUUGCGAAGAAUUAAGAACUACAUCAAUAGUUAUUUAA